GGCCACUGAGGCUGGAAGGGUUUCCACCAGGUCCAUCAUGCAGACCUAUGGUUUCUAAGUGUCAUUUUGGCAGUGUGCAUGUGUGUCUUGUGUUAAUCAGUUUCCUGUUGGUUCCCACUUUGGUUGAGUCCCUAAGGCUGCAGAUGCCACUUUCAGUUCCCAUACUUAGCUGUCACCUCCAGUUUCUUUGACUGUCCUGCUUAGGAGAAGGCCACCUUCCUUUUAGACAGGCACCUUCCUUUUAGAAGUAAUGUUUUACAUUACUCAUUGUGCUAAGUGCACCCUGGAGGUGAGAUCUCUGCAUGCUGUGCUAUCCCAGGGAAGCUCAAGGGUUCAGAGGAACUGCCCUUCUCUACAGGGGCACUAGGCAGUGGAUUGUAGGGGCCCCUGGAUACCAGGGGCCUAGCUCUUCCACUCUCUGAAGAGGUGAGCUCCUUUUGUGCUUUCUUACAUUUACUUCAGGGGCAAGAAGUCAGGCUUAGAUUUAUUUUCUGUCCUUUAAUGAGUCCACCACCUAGUAAAUGUGGUAUGUCAUGUUUUAUGAAAAUAUGGCUUCUCGUGGAUGGAUUUUAUAUGUAAAGCAGUGCUUUGAAAUUUAUUCUUUAACCUUUUAUUAACUUAUUUGUGUGUAUGUGAUGUAUGUGUAGAUGUGCAAAAGGGGUGCAUACAUGUGGAGACCAGAGGUUGACAUUCAGUGUCUAUCCUGACUUCCUCUAUCUCUUAACUUUUUGAGAUAGGAUCUCUCACUGAACUUGGUGCACACCCACUGGGUAGGUUUUGUCCAGUGAGCUCUGAGGGCUAUGUGGAGUUACAGCCAUGUCCCAGGAGGCUUGUCCUCAGGCUUCAAGGCUCACACUACCCACAAAGCAACUCCAGGCUCCUGGAGCAGUGUUUAAUUAAACAGAUUGAUGUGUGAGGAAGACAUUACUUUUUUCCCUGAGAGAUGAACUGGGCAGAAAAUUCCUUAGAUAGUAAUGCAUGGGGCUCCUUUAUAGCUAAAUGAGAAGCCAGGCAUCAGUAUAUCAGAAGCAUUUGUCAGGCACAGACCAUAGGUCAAUACCCCUGGGUGCUUCUGAUUUCUUAUCACUAGAAUACGAAAAGGAGCUUUAUAGUCAGGACAUUUAAAAAAUAGCUCAAUCGUAAGGAGAGAUAAAGUAUUAUCAGCUGUGCUUUUUGCCCACAGUUAGUGACUUCCUGUGGAAGUAGUGUAAUGACUUUUAGUAAUGACAUGACUCAUGAUAAAAGUUCAGAUGUUAAAAUUUGAGCUACAGCUGGAUGACAUAUUUAAAAUGACUCAGAGAGGACUCCAGGAUCACCAGCAGGCUAUUUUCAUCCCUCACAAUGUGCCUUCGCCUGCGGUGGGUCAUGAAUGUGCUGGUAGAAGAGCCUGUCCUGAAUCUCCAUCUGUGCCCUCUCUGAAGACCUGAUGUGUGCUCACCGUUUCCUGUGCUGCUUGGCAGGCUGCGGUGAAGGGACAGCGCUGCUCUCAGAGAUGGCUCAGGAGCCUGCAGACCUUGCUUCUGACUAUCAGUUUUGGCUGCAGAAGCUUUCUGCAUGGGAACAGGCCUCUUCCAAGGAGACCCAGCGGGACACUUGUCUUCACUUGUCCCGGUUCCAAGAGUUCCUGAGGCAGAUGUAUGAACUCUUGAAGGAGAUGGAUUCUGAUGCAAUCCUGGAACGGUUCCCCUCAAUUGGUCAACUGUUGGCAAAAACUUGUUGGAAUCCUCUCAUCUUGGCAUAUGACGAAAGCCAAAAGAUUGUAAUAUGGUGCUUAUGUUGUCUGAUGAACAAAGCACCACGGACUUCUGCAGAGUCAGGACGUAACUCAUGGAUCCAGGGUUUGUUGUCUCAUGUACUUUCUGCAUUCAGAUUCGACAUGAAAGAAGUUUGUCUUUUUACCAAAAGUCUUGGAUAUGAAUCUAUUGAUUACUAUCCUAGUUUGCUUAAAAAUAUGGUUUUGUCGUUAGUGUCUGAGCUCAGAGGGAGUCAUCUUAAUGGACUGAACACUCAAAGUCGGAUGGCUCCUGAGCGCAUGAUGUCCCUGUCACAAGUCUGUGUCCCUCUUGUUACUCUGCCUGAUAUUGAACCCCUGGUAGAGGCUCUCCUAACCUACCAUGGACAUGAGCCCCAAGAAGUCCUGUCUGCUGAGUUCUUUGAAGCUGUAACUGAGGCCUUCUUAUCGGAAAAAAUUGUCCUGCCCACGUCCUCUGUGGUCAGCCUCUGGUUUCGGCAUCUCCCCAGCCUUGAAAAAGCAACGCUGCAUCUUUUUGAAAAGCUGUUCUCCAGCAAGAGAAAUUGCCUGAGAAGGAUGGAGUGCUGUAUAAAAGAGUCAUUACUGCCUCAAGCAGCCUGCCAACCUGCCAUCUUUAGAAUUGUUGAUGAAAUGUUCAGGUUUGUGCUACUGGAAACUGAUGGGGCCCCAGCAGUGCUAGCUGCUCUUCAGAUUUUCACAUCCUGCUUGGUAGAAGCUCUGAGGAAAGAAAACAAGCAGCUGAAGUUUGCCCUCAAGACCUACUUUCCCUACAGUGCUCCGUGUCUUACUGCAGCGCUGUCCCAGCAGCCUGAAGCUAUCCCACAGGGACAUCGGCUCCAGCCUCUGCUGCACAUUUCCCAACUCCUCAGAGAAGCAGUUGAAGACUGUACUGAUGGGUCUCAUCGAAAUCCCUUUGAGAGCUGGUUUUUGUUUGUUCACUUUGGAGGAUGGGUUGAUCUGGCUGUGGAGGAGUUGCUGCUCAGGGAGGAAGCUGAGCCUCCUGCAGGCCUUCUGUGGCUCUUGGUCUUCUAUUACAGCCCACAGGACAGGAGUCAGCAGAGAGAGCAGAGCAUGGUGGAGUUGAAGGUAUUAGUCAACCGUCUCCUGAAGCUGCUCAGAAGUGGCCCCCUCUCAGCUAUGGACCUGCUGGAAGCAGCUGAGAGCCCCAGGGAAGACCCCAGACCUGUAUGUGGACAGCUGGUCAGACGCCUUCUUCUUAGUCUCUUGUUCUGGACCCCAGAAGGCCAUGCGAUUGUCUGGGAAGCUGUCACCCAUAUGGCCCACACAGAUGCUGUAACCCACGAGAUUGUUGGCUUUCUUGACCAGACCUUGUACAGAUCACAUCAUCUUUGUGUUGAAGCCUCAAGAAAACUGGCUAGAGAGCUCCUAAAGGAGCUGCAAGCUCAGGUCUAGCAGGCCACACAGAAUGUGUGGACACCUGCAGGAGGCACCUGUCUGGUGAAGCUCCCACAGUGGAUGAGAUGCUGUUCCUAAGGCAAGAACAAGUGAGAGUGGGACGUCCGUGCCUUGGCCUGAUGGAGUAAUGUGUGCGACCAACCAUGCACUCUAUACUGCUUGGCCCAGGACGUCCAUGAGUAUUAUGAAGGGAAAGGCCCAGACUGCCUGUUAUGUCCCAGCCAUUCAUGACAAGAGCUAGCACUGGCUGAUGUGCUGACUCCCUUUAUGCCUCCCACUCUGAUGAAGGUGCUCGUGAUGGUGGGAGGAUGUCCAGAAGCAGGAGACAUGGGCCCUGCAGGAGGUGAGGCUACAUAGGGAUAACCUGCCUCAGCCGUGACUGUGGCUCAGUGCAGGAAUUGAUGCAAGGCACCCACUGUAGUGGGAGGACCAGGGAUGGCCAGGGAAGGGUCAUUACUUCCUCCCCUAAACCUCCAAAGAGCCAAACUCUGCUUCCUGGGUGACCUUUGUGUAGUAAACAGGAUUUGGAAACUGAAAGUCAGUCUGUCCUACCUUGCUGUGGAUAGGAGUGAUGGGCAGGUCUGUUGUUGAUUUUCUAGUGAGAACGUAUGGCAGUGAGCAGUGUGUGGGCAGAGAAGACCCCAAGCUGUGACCCUGUAGAUCUGCUAUGAGACCCCUCACCCAGGUGCAGAUAAGCUUCAAGCCGUCUGAUGGCUGCGCUCAGGGCCUGUGUAGAGGGACUGUGGCUUAAAGUUGUGAAGGGCCUGGGUUUUCUCUUGCAUUUGCACAUCCAGCCUCUGCCAGUCAGCUGCCAGGGGAAAACACUGGCACUUAUGCAGUGGAUUCAUCCUUUAUACCGACCUGAGGACAGCUCACAGUGGAGUGGAGCUGAACUUUCUACUUUUCAUUCUGAGUAAAAAGUUGUUCUUAAUUUUAUAUUCAGACCUUCCCCCCCUCCUACCUAUGGAAGCUUCAGGUCUCACAAACCUUAGGCCUGGCUUAGAAAAGAUCAAUUAUGACUUACCUCUGGAUACGCUGGGAUCCAAACAAGGGGGAUGUCCAGAGGGCAGAUAGUUGUAUGUAUACUCAGAGUUGUUUCCUGUAAGCCAAAUUUGAUUACAACUAUACUUCUCUCAGAUAGAGUUGCUGAGUUACUCUCCAUUCUGAAUGGGAAACAGAGCACACACAGCCUUUCUCUCUCCCUAGUGUUCAUACUCUUGUGACCCUCGACAGUUAGGAAAGCUGGAAUUAUGUGCACUCUGUUCCCCUAGGACGCAUCUCACCCUUGAGUCAGCUUCCUGGGUGCUCAGUCACCUGCUGUGGCAUACAAGGAGGAACCUUUGUCGGUGCUUUUCGUCCUUGUAAUGGUGGGGUAACUUCUCAACCUAUUUCCACCUAAUGAUCCUGAAGUCUAGGGGCCUGGGGAGAACAGCUGGAGUGGCAGGGAGAGAGACAAGUCCCCCAACACAGGGACAGGGAUGCUGAAUGAUUGAUUGCUAAGGAGUCCAGAACAACCGUAAUUGGAGAAAGAGGAGAAAUUAAUCAACUUCCCUCCCCACCCAGAAUGAAGUCCUGCUCCUAGCUGGAUACUGGAUUUUAGCAUGAAGUCUUUGUUUUGUGAAAACACUCUUAAGUCACAUAGUCUCCACAAAGCCAUUUUACAAACCAAUCUAACAUCAGGGCAAAAUGAACUCCUAGAAACCAGGACCAAAUUUAAUGCAGGCUAGAUGAACCCCUCCUCCUGAGCCAGGUUCCUCUCAUCCUGGGCAUAUACCUUAUAUACCCCAAGUGGGAGUGGGACAUAUGUGCCAGAACACUGAACGCUUUGUACCUCUCUGUAGAAAUGACCGAAACUCUCCCUGUCCUCUGGGGAUUCAUACACAGCAUGAAGUCUAUAGGGGCCACCAGGACUCUCCUUUGCAAGCAACAGGAAAGGGAACUGGGUGUGUGAAUCCACUGAGGGUUGGUAUUCUAGCCUGCAGACCCAUCAGGCAGCUCCUGCCUCCAAGCAUGUGACAGGAAGGCAGGUCUGGAGUUGACACCACAGCCGUGGCUUAGAACUCAGGAAGGGUCUGCAGUAUGUCUCUUCCAGACCCGGCAAACAACCCAAAGCACAUAAGGGAGAGCAGAGGGGACACUGGCAUCAGUCAGGUCUCAAGCGUUAUGCCUUGACCCAUGGGUUGGCUGUAGCUCACCAUACACUGGCCCGUGUGGUGACACAUGGGGCCUUCUUGCUACCCACCAUGGUUCCUAUUUCCUAUCCGUUUCCUGCCAGUGGCUCAUGUUCUCUCCUUGCAGACAGCCACAUCAUGCCUUAGACCACAUCUGAACAUCCUCACUGCUGACAGGACACUCUAUAGUUCUAGCCCUAAGGUCCCAUUUUCUGUUGCUGUCCCUGUUCCUCCCAGCAGGGACUCUGAUUACCUCUACCUGCCUUGAAAUAGAUCCCUAUCUCCUGUACCGCUAGGACUCCUCACACUGCAAGGUCACACCAGCAGGCAGAGGCUCUAAGGACCCCAUGGGAACCCUGAUUUUUGGGCCAAAUACAUAUUAAGGAAUGCAAGCAAUCUUCCUGGGGGUCAGCUCACACUGGACGCCUCUUACCCCAGGAAAGGCCCUAGGUAUUUUACAGGCAAGAACGUGGGGGCACUUCCUGGAGGUGGUGAUGUUUCCCUAGAUCUGGUAACAUUCCAGAUAGCACUGGGGGGCAAAACACAGAGCAGACGAAAUUUCAGGAACUUUCCUUGGUUCAGAGGGAUUUAUCAUCACAGCAGCUUAGAAUUCGAGCUGAGACAACUGUCUGCUGUGGUGCGAACCUGUGUGGAGACCUCUCACAGGGCACCAGGAAGCUAGGUAUAGGCAGAGCAGCCCUCAGGACCUGUCCCAGUGGCCUUGAUCCUGAAGCUAUGCCUCUCUCCAUCCCAAAGGUUCUAGCAGCAGGGGACCAAGUUGUUCAAAUAGAUUAACCUGUGGGGGACAGUUCCCUGCAGACAGCACACUUCCUGCUCAGAGUCUGCAGUUUUCUGACCUUUUACUUGGAACUUGUGGUUUAUGGCUUGGUUCUCAGGCUUUUGCACAAAACCUAUUGCAGGGCCUGGCCUCUCAGACCACCUCUCCUGUUCUGGGGCUCCAGGUUAAAAAUCUCCAGGGGUCUUUCCAGUCAGGCAGGGGGGGUGGCAGAGGGGUCCAGCCAUGUCAUUUACAGACUUAAAAGCAACCCUGUGAGUCCCUCAGCUGUGUCUGCGCUGUGUCGGUGGAACUCUCUACAGAUGAUAGAAAGCCAAAAUCCAUGGAAGACUGGUAAAACUGACCAUUCAGGGGAAAAAAAAAAACAAAAAACCUGACAACAAAUGAAAACCUGGACAAGCAGGUGCCACGUGUGACCAAAAAUCCCUUCUCUAAAUUUGAAACUUCUUGAGAAUUCAGUAAGAAAUGUCCACCAACCCCAGAGACCCCAGAAGAGCACCAGCCGCUGCGUGUGAUGGGAAAAUACAAAUGGCUUUCAGAAGCACUGAAGAAGUAUGUAGCACGGUUCUAAGGAAUGCUAGCAAGCACAACUACACCUUCAUCCUGUGCUAGACAGGUGUGUAGAAAGCUCUGAUGGCAGGUGGGAAAUGCAGACACAAGUGGCCAUGUGCCAGACUUUAGAGUGUGCAGGUCCUAGAAACAGCAUGCUAACAGUCUGUAGACGAAUACUCCAAAAAGUGUGAGGUGGACAUUCAAGUGCCCUCGGUACACACUGUGAUAAAAUGUGCUGCAUACAAAUGACAGCACCACUUGGCUUUAAAAAGGAGCUGCCCUGGUGGGAUGGCUCAGCAGGUAAAGGCCUACAGGUGAGAUGGCUCAGCAGGUAAAGGCCUGGCAACCGGAGCAUCUCCCUAGAACCCACAUAAAGGUUUAGGAGGAGGGAACCAAGACCACCUAGUUGUCCUCUGAUGUUCCGUGUGCACCCUGCUCAUUCCCAACGUUAUGCAUGAUAAUUAUAAAUACAGACUUAAAAAUUAAAGUGAAGAAACAUGGAAGAUGUUGUGCUAAGCUAGACCAGACAGACAGAUGCACAAGAACAUUGUAAAAUUCACACACGAUCCCUAGAACAGAGACACUCAUGAUGACAGUCUAGUGAUGCUACCAGGGACUGGGGAAAGCAGGGAUGGGAUUCAUGUCUGAUGGAUACAAAAGAUUCCGUUUGGGAUGACAAAGUUCAGAACAGAUGGUGGUGGUCACACAGCGAUGAGACAUGGCACUGAAGUGAGCUCUCCAAACACCGGAGCAGUGAAUAUUUUACCACAGUAAAACCACUAAAAUCUAAAUUACAGGUCCCUCCAGCCUGUAACACACACCUGCUUCCCACUUCGGAUGGCUUGGAUCCCAAUGCUGAGCACAGGGGGCGUUCCCUCGGAUGCUAGGAGACUUGUGUAUACAGAACAGUCAGGGUUAUUUGGUACAGCUAACCUUGGGGGAAGGCUAUGUGAGUUAGGCUAUUACCAGGAUUUCAGGAGUCCAGGCGUGGUGACGCAUAUCUGCUGUCCAAGCUCUAGAGAUGGAGAUGAAGAGAUGGAGAUGAAGAGAUGGCUGAGGUGACUUCUCUCAGUAAGCAUGAUGGAGGAUGUGCUGUGGCUGUGUGGUCUGACAAUGUGAACACUUCUAUACAGACUUGAGUGUCAGUCUUCAGAAUUUGUGAAGGACCCUGAACCAACCCUCAGGGACAUUACACACUGGCUGUUGCCUCUGGGGGGCUGUGAGGCUGGGUGUUUGUCUGUGUGCUUGCUGGACCAUGGUGGAGAAAUGUCUGUUGUGGGUAACAAAGGAAUGAGUGUUGUUUCGGUGAUUGGCUGAGGCAGUGCCCAGGUGAAAAGGGAGAGAGCUGUGCAGAUUUCAGUUUCUGUUUACGUGCAUGUCUGCUCUACACAGAGAGAAAAAUGGAGGGAGGAGGGAAGAGGAAGGAACGAGGGCAGCUUCUUGAUUGGUUGAAGAAGGGUUUUGCCAAACAGUGCUGAGUGAAACAGGUGGAGUGCCAUCUGUGACUUAGGAGGAGACAUCUGCAUCCCCUGUGCUUUAGCAGCAUGGUGGCACCCGUACUUACAGUCCAGCAUCUGACAUGGUGGCACCCAGUACUUACAGUCCAGCAUCUGAAUAGAGAUUUCUAGUUAAGUACCCUUCAUGGCUGGAGCCAUGUGCUCUGACGUGCAUCCUGAGGAUUCGAGCUCCGCCUGCCACGCGCCCUUUGUACGGUCACCAUCCUAUUCUACGAGGUACCCUCAACCUCCAUGGUUGCUGAGACCUCCAUCUCUGUAGCGUCGCUUCCUGGACAUAGUACAACAGGUAAAAUCACAGUUACAAUUCUUUACUAUUAAAGCAUCAUUGCAUUUUAUAGCUCAACGUAGACAACUACCCAAUGCCUCUCACUCCUGGGCAAACCUCACAGCUCUCUCCAUUCUCCACAGGCUACACUGCUGAAUCUCCAGACAUUUCAACACUGGAGUAUGAAGGUGAGGAGUGAGGUGAGGCUAUGUUAGGCCCAGGAGGCUCUGCUCCCCCCCAGCUUUUCAAAGCCUGACGUUCCACCUGGUUUAGAAGGCUACACUUCUCCCAUAGGUUAUUCCAUCUGGUCAGUGGGCAGCAAGGGAGGACCUACCAGAGUGGAAAAGAACUUUCUAGAACUUGGGAUUUUGAGUGCUACAGUUAAGAGUGGUUGCAGCACCUCCCGACUUCCACUCCACCAGCAUAGCAGCAGGGUAACAGGCUGGGGGGGGGGGUGCUUAAAAGAAAUUAUAGGCAAAAUGACAGGUGGCUUAAGAAAUGAGAAGCCACAGGGCACACACCCACUCUGUGUCCAGACACAACCACAAUAAGUAACACGGUCUGAGCUAUCACCUCCCUGGUGGCUAGCCUUCCUGGAAUAUCAUGGAAUGGACAGUCUGUUAACCUCCCCCCACCCCUGCCCCCACACUCCACAUCCUCCUGGUCCUCCACCCUGCCAGUGCCUAGGUAAGGUCAUUAUGCAGACAAGAGACAGUGGUGGACCCAGGAUAGAUGGGAGAGGUCCCAUACUCAUCCUUUCUCCGUCCUCGGGGGCUCAUAAGCCAACCCAAGCCUGUUUCACUGAAAUGGCCAGGUUUGAUUUUACGAGUCAUCUGAAGAGAAAGAGCAUUGUAUCUCCAACCCAAGCUUGCACACACAUCCUGUCAUGUCAGGUUUCUAGGGCCAUCAUCAGCUGCUCAGGCCGCAUUCUGAUGACUGUUUUUGUCUUCUAUGCUUCUUUGAGAACACAGACAUGUACACUCCCAGCUGUGUCAGGCUCCAAGGCAGGGCUUCUGUCUUCCCACUGGGGCUACACAUGCCAACACCAAGAGUCCAGGUUCUCAGCAGCCCACCCUGUCCUGGGAAACUUCCUCAGCUUGCACAAGUUUCCUCCCUCCUUUUCACACUGUCUGGUCAUUGGUCUGGAAGAAAACUGCCUCAUUAGCUCAUCAAUCUCUCCGACAGCACCAAUGGGUGGGAAGGGGGCCAUAAAACCUUGCCCUGAAUAGCAAGACAGCUGCUCCUCCCUCCCACCUCGUAAACCCCACAGACCAGGCAAAGGGCCCGAAUUCAGUGUGGCUAGGGUAGGUUCACGCCCCUCACUGAGACUACUUUCUGCAACCUUUCUUGGGAGGUCCAGGCACUCCCCACCCGACCCAGCCCCAGGAGUCUCAGAUGUGAUGGGGCUAGGCCACUCCAAGGGCGUUCUCUCUCCCUCUCUCCUUCUCCCCCUCUCUCUUCUUCUCCCUUUCCCUCUCCCUCUCUACUUGAUGGCUCAUUUGAGUAUGGGAACCCCUUGGUGACUCAGACUGAAAUGUCCUAGGGAGGGACUGUUCCAAGAGGCUGGCUAAACCAAGGGAGCUUUUGGAAACAAUGUUGAGCCCCGACAAGUGUCAAGGUGUCUGGAUACUGUGGGAAUGGGUAGGCAGGCCAGCCAGUCAGGGAGUAGGGCAGCUAAGGCCACAGGUCCAGCACCCAGGACUACUUGGGAGGUGUAACUGGGGCAGCAUGUACGCUUAGCCGGCCAGUGCGGUUCCUGUACUGACUGGCUCCAUCUACAAACCUGGUGGUAGCCAGCUGGACUGAGGCAGAAGCCCUGCAUGUGAAUCCUUCAGAUCCCAAUCCUCUAAGUGCUGCUUUCUGUUCUUGCUGGGCCAUAGCUGCUUUGGAGAGCUGUGGCAAAGGUAAUGCUGUGGAUAACAGAGAUCCCUAUGUGUGUGGCAUCCCCUGUUGGCUGGCUGCUCACUGGGCUUUGCAUGGUCAUGCCCUGCUGAGCCAUGGUCAGGAGAAAACUGCUAGGACCUUGGCACUUGCCUGGAAUGGACCCUGCAGAACCUUCUCUUAGGGAUGGCUUACACUUUGGGACAUUGCCAUUUCUGCUUUCUACCCUGGGGACAUUAUGUAGGAUUUCUUCUCACCACAAACAAGAAUGUCUUUCUAGGAUAUAGAUUAUUUCAUUCUUUUGAUGUGCAUUACAUUAAAAAAAUAAUAAAUGCUUUAAAAUCUUCCAGUUCUACUGGAGCAGCCGACUCAGAAAACCCAGCGGCCUUUCUUAAGACUCUUUCUCAACCCCACCCUUCCCUUCUUCCUGUCUGGGUCCAGCCAGAAUUCCCAGUACCUCUCCCUUGGCUUCUGCCCAAAGCCUCAUGAACAAGGAGGUGGGCUCCCAGCCAGCCAACCUCUGCCCCUUCCUGGGCUCAACUCUCCUCCAGAAAUCAGGGUGUGGUAAAGACAAUGGCUGCCUUCCUAGGCCAGGUUUAGGAUCUAUGUAGAGGGACAACACUCAGUGGGUUCAGGAUCUAUGCAGAAGGCAACACCACAGUGGGGUCACUGCUGUUUCCUCCUGUGCAAGGAACCAUGGCCCAGGGGUCAACGUCAGAGGAUCUAGGUGCACCUCCUUUCUGCAGCCCUGACCUUGGGUUAAGGCCUGCUCUAAUCCUUGUUGGAAGCACCUAUAGACGUGUCUCCUCUGGAGAAGAGAUGGUAUGGCUCUAGGCUGUCUUGGCUGAAAGGAGGCCAUUUCUGGUGGGAUCAGUGAGGACAGGCUGGCCCAGCCCUGGCCUGUUGCUCUCAAGUGAUAGGCAUCUGCUUGCCAAUCACGAUGACAGUGUUUGGUGACAGGCACAGGAGGCUGGUGUUUCUGCUAUCCCACUCACCUCUGUUUUGCUUUAGUGGUUCCUAAGGGCAAAGAACAAAACCAGACCAAACCAGUGCUUGGCUGCCCACUCCAGUUCAGAGGUAGGGGAUGCUGAGGUUCUCACAGAGGAACCUUAUAGGGUGUAUGGUUCCUAGUCCAUCUCUAAGCAAGCCCAAAGCGCUUCUGAGAAUAGGGAGCCAUAGACUCAGCCAUUUAUUUCAAGUCUUCACAGAAAGCAGUGUACUAUUAAGUGGAAUUAACACAUCUUGAUACUUCUACCAUCGUGGCAUACACAGCAGAUAACCAUUCGCUGUCCCCCACAACUAUCCAAAUGCAGUCACUGGUACAGCCCAGGCUCUGAAACCCAAUGGUAAUCUGCUGAGGACACUCCUCUCAAGUCUGUCCUAGAGCCUUCCUCGCCCAGCAGGUCUGAAUGCAGAAGCCAGGCCAGGCAGUGGAAUACUCCUUCCGGUUCCUUUUCACACAGCUCAGCCCUGUCCGGGCUCACGUGACUGCACCGAUGGCACAAUCUCAAGCAUCUUUCUCUAGACAUAAACUGGAAGCUUCUUAGAGCUUGUUCUGUACAUUAAUAUUCAAAGAGAAGGAACAGAUUCUCACCAGAGACUCCCCUAGUACCAGGCUGGCCGAGACUCCACAUUUGGAAGAGAGCAGAAUCCUGUGCCAUACUAAUCUCCCUUUACUUCCGCCUUCUCAGUUAACAUUACCCAGAGGUAGGAAAGGAUACUGUGUGUGGACAGAGCCUGUUCUGACAUACGGUCUUCCUUGUUUUUAAGGAACAUCAAAUUCAGAGGCAAACUGGAACACCAGCAAAUCCGGUACUUUAUUAAGACAUCUUAGGCUUCCCUGCAUUUUCAAAAACAGGAAUGCUCUAUUGACUGAACACAUCAAAGGGUCUCUGCAGAGUCCUUGGGGGCCAGCCACAGGAGGUGUCAUGUGAUUCUGCAGUCCCAGAGCAUGGCAGCUAGUGCUUGCAAUCACAGGAAGCAGGCAGUCGGUUCUCCAUCUGCCUAGGGGAGGGUAUCCUUCAUUCUUUUGAAGGACUGCCUUCAAGUCACAGCUCAAUUCCAGUGUGUAGACUCGGUCUCUAGGACUGGGGACAAAGGCAGCUGCCAGGUGCAACAGUUUAUGAGGCUCCGCCUUUUAUAUAUGCCACGGGAGCCCGGGCUCUGGGAGCCAGAAGCCCAAGCUGGACCAACCGCUGCUGUGGGCUGAUGGCCUUAGCAGCCACAUAAUCUUCCCUUUGAUGUCCAGGGUCAAUGCAGUCCUGGCCCCACCAGGGCUAGGAGAAGGUGUAUGAAAGAGAAUCUCACUGUGAUCUGUCCUGUGAAGGAAACAGCAAUAAAAUUUAUUACCCAGUCACCACAGUCAUUCUGACAGGAGUUCUCCUAGCCUCUGACCUCCACUUGAGAGGGAACUUUCAGGGAGGACAGGGACAAGACUGAAGCCACGCCUCACAAUCCUCGACCUGGGGUGCACAGUCACAGCAUAGGCCAUGCAGGGCUGUGAAGCCCAGAGAGAUUCAAUGGAAGGCGGCUCUACAGAAAGCCCUUAAGACAGCAUUCACACUGCUCAAGGCAGCAGACAACAGGGUGUGCUCUGUCUCAAACACAUGGCAAACGCUCGGCUUCUGCUCUGCCUUACUUCUAGGGAAUGCAAUCUUUCCAAAGUUUGAUCUGCACUCUAUAAAUCCCCACCUCAAGAGCACAUACAGAGGGAUACCACUGCUGUUGGGUCUGGUACCAGACACUCAAGGCCCUUCAUCUUCUUGUCCGUGGGAGGCCUGCCUCAGGCACUUACAGAUGGGUAGGCUUUUUGCUCAAGGGCUCGACUCC